GAGGCAUAAGGUCUUUUUUAAGUUAACCUAUACUAACCGGAAAGUGAUCAGGAGCAUAUGUUAAAAGGUUACGUUAAGUCGGAAUAAAUUUUUAAUUAGAAAUGAACUCAAGAACGCAGACUAGAAGAAUUCCGGAGGUGGAACCACGAAUAGAUUAUGUGCAAUGCGACGGAUUAGUAGUUAUGAAAAUGGUGAAGCAUUGUCACGAAGAAUCAAUGAGUAACAUGGAUGUUGCUCAAGGAGCUUUACUUGGUUUAGUUGUUCAAAAUCGCCUUGAAAUUACAAACUGCUUUCCUUUUCCUAAAAAUGACGAAAUUAUGGAUGAAGAAGAGUAUCAACUUGCUAUGAUGCGUCGUCUUCGCUGGGUGAAUGUUGAUCAUUUUCAUGUUGGAUGGUAUCAAAGUGCAGAUGUUGGCAAUUUUUUAAAUGUGUCUUUAUUAGAAUCACAAUAUCAUUAUCAAACUUCUAUUGAAGAAUCAGUAGUACUUAUAUAUGAUACAGCCAAGUCAGCAAGAGGUUUUUUGACUCUAAAAGCAUAUAGGCUUACUCCACAAGCUAUACAAAUGUACAAGGAAGGUGAAUUCACACCAGAAGCAUUGCGUACUUUAAAAAUUGGUUAUGAAAAUUUAUUCAUUGAAAUUCCAGUUGUAAUAAAAAAUAGUAACUUAACUAAUAUAAUGAUGUCUGAAUUAGAAGAAAUGAUUCCUGAGGAAGAAGGUACUAAAUAUUUAGAUCUUGGAACAGCUACAGUUUUGGAAAAUCAAUUACGAUGUUUAAUGGAUCGAGUAGAUGAAUUAAAUCAAGAAGCUAUGAAAUUCAAUAGGUAUCAACAGUUGGUUGUACGCCAACAGCUAGAAAAAAAUAGACUUAUAGCCAAAAGAGAACAAGAAAAUUCUGCUAGAUCUGCAAAGAAUGAGCCUCCAUUGCCAGAUGAUGAUAUUAACAAAUUGAUGAGACCAUUACCUGUUCCACCUAGAUUGAAUCCAAUGAUUGUUGCUGGACAGAUUAAUACAUACAGUGAACACAUUUCACAAUUCUGUGCUCAAAGUUUAGCAAAAUUAUAUAUUACCCAAAGUCUUCAAAAUGCCAAGGAGUCAAAAUCAUCACAUUAA